AAAGUCACAACUCUCUUUCUCUCUCUAAACUUUCACCUUUCUCUCACUAACAAAAUCUUCAACAAUCUUCCUUUUUCCAGUUUGUGAUUCUGACCCACUUCAAGAAUCAAUAUUGAAUCACCAAUUUCACAAUGCAGCAGUCUGUGCCUCCAUGGCUUGAGAAACUACUAUCAACCGAGUUUUUUCCGGUGUGUCGGACACACGGAGACGCCGCUAGAAGCGAGUGCAACAUGUACUGCUUAGAUUGCAAUGAUGGAGCAUUUUGUUUCUACUGCAAAUCUUCUAAACACAAAGAACAUCAAGUCAUUCAGAUAAGAAGAUCUUCAUACCAUAAUGUUGUGAGGGUUUCAGAGAUUGAAAAGGUGUUGAACAUAGAUGGAGUUCAAACAUAUGUGAUAAACAGUGCAAAAGUGUUGUUUCUAAAUGAGAGACCACAACCUAAAUCAGCAAAAGGAGGUUCUAGGAUUUGUCAAGUUUGUGGAAGGAGCCUUUUGGACAUUUUUCUCUUUUGUUCACUUGGUUGUAAGCUUGUUGGGAUAAAGAGAAAUGAAAAUGCAAGGUGUAUAUUGGAAGGGAAAUCAUCAACCACAAGAGUAAUGUCACCAACAAGAACAAGAAGAAUAGAGAUAAUGAUGAAUGAAGAAGAAGAAGAAGAACACCACCACAUUUACACUCCCACUCCUUCCACUAGAAGAAGAAAGGGGAUUCCUCAUAGGGCUCCCAACUAAGUACAAAUAACAAAUUAAGUAAAUGACCUAAAUGCCCCUCCUCACAAGCACAUAAACAUAUCCCCUUCUCACCAAUCUUGUACACACUCAUGAUCACCAUUGACCAUGCCUCACCAUGUAUUCUUUUUCUCAAAUGAUUGUAUUAUGUAUUUUGGCUUGAAGGGUUACAUGGUGUAAUUGUAAAAUAAUCCUAUUAUGUUUUUUGUUUUUGUUAA